AUGGCUGUCCUCAAGACGGCCAAGAUGUACCAUGGCAGUGGACGACGUCGGGAGAUCCGUGAAUGGCGCAUCAAGCACAAGAUCCACGGUCGCUUUCCGUUUGCCGACGCCUGGCGUCCGGAUAGAUACCACAUCUCCCCAGGCCUGAAAGAGCUGGACUGGCCAUUCAGCAAGAUGCCUGAGAAUAUCCUCCCGGCUGGGCCAAUCCUGCUUCCCACCGCUUCGGUCGAGAAGCAGGAUCCUCAAAUGCACAAGUGGUUGAAGCAGGCCCCAACUAUCCUCGUCAAUCUCGGAACCUUGUAUGCACCUGAUCCCAAGGUUGCUGAGGAGAUUGCAACUGGCCUGAAGGGAUUUCUCAACGCCUGGAAGGGCGAGAAAGUGCAGAUCCUGUGGAAGCUGCCCAAGCAUCCACAUGAUGAAGACGACAUUUACAGCCGCUCCAUCGAGCCUCUCAAGAAGGAGACCGACGAGGGAAGCGUGCUGAUCCGCCCGUGGUUUGAGGUGGAGCCCAUGGCCAUGUUGCAAACCGGCCAGAUCGUCUGCUCCGUCCACCACGGCGGUGCCAACUCGUGGUACGAAGCUAUUCAAAAUGGCGUUCCCCAUAUCGUCCUUCCAGCCUGGCAAGACUGCUACGAGAACGCUGCUCGGGCGGAAUGGCUAGGCAUUGGAGUGUACGGCAACAAGAGCCGGGCUCCCAACAUCAGCGCUAAAGAGUUGAGCAAAGGACUACUGAAGGUGAUGAGCAACCGCUCUUACAAGGAAAAGGCAACCGAAAUUGCCAAGUUGUGUAAAAAAGAAGGUCGUGUCGCCGCUGCAGAAAAGAUUGCAGAAUUGGCACGUAACCCGGAGAAAGCGACAGCGAUCCACAUCCCUGAAGCCGACCCAGAGAAUCAACCACGAUUGUACGAGAUCAAGAAUCGUGCAGGCCAAACCCUCCAAACUGCCCAGAUGCCCAAGACCGAAGGCAAAGGCGCAUCCAAACCCUUCCUAACCGACAUGGCCGAAUCCGUUCUCAUGACCCUCCUCUGCACCACCUGGUUUCACCUCCCUCUCCUAGGCUACUCUCUCCUUCUGAUUCCCCGUCUCCGCCUGGUCGUUCUCCUCUACAUCCUCUACAUCAAAUACUUUUCCAUGGCCCACAAAUCCGGCACCUUGCCCUACCGCAACGACGCCUUCCGCACCUCCUUCGUUUGGAAAGCCUUUGCCUCAUACUUCCCUCUCACCCUCUACCGUUCUGCUCCUCUAUCCCCAAGAAGAAAAUACAUUUUCGGCUACCACCCGCACGGCGUUGCCCUGCGCGGGGCAUUUGGCUCCUUUGCCGCUGACAGCGUCGGCUUCUCCUCCCUCUUCCCAGGACUAACCAACACUCUGCUCGUCAAAGACGGCUUCUUCUAUCAACCCUUUCUGCGGGAAUACCUCCUCGCGACAGGGGCCAGCGGCGUCUCCCGCACCUCGUGCAUCAAGCACCUCACUCGCGGUGGACAUGACGAGCGAGGCAUGGGCCGCUCCAUCGCAAUCACUGUCGGCGGGAGUCGUGAGUAUAACAUCGCCAAGCCAGGCACCAUGGGGAUUGUAAUCAAGAUCCGCAAGGGCUUCGUCCGCGUCGCGGUCGAGACAGGAGCGGAUCUAGUCCCUGUUAUUGCGUUUGGAGAGAACGAGUUGUUUGAUUUGAUUGAUACGAAGUCGUCGUCGGCACUAGGGUUGGUCGCGAGAGCGUGGGAGUUUGCGGUCGGUCACAAGGUUGCGUUUUCGAAAGGCAGGUUUGGGUUGUUUUGUCCGCAUAGGAAGCCACUCAAUGUUGUUGUCGGCAAGCCGAUUGAGGUUGUGCAGCAGAGGUGGGAUAUGGAUGAGAAGUAUGUUGAUAAGUUGCAUGAGACGUAUGUGCAGGAGUUGACGAGGUUGUGGGAUGAUUGGAAGGAGACGUUUGGAGUGGAGAGGGAUGUGAAGUUUGAGAUUGUGGAGUGA